AACAAAACACCAACAAUCGCCCUGCCGGACACUGUUUUGCGCAAGACGGCGGUGCCUCACAUCUGAUAAAGCGCCGAGCCCCCGUAAAGGCAAAUCUACAAGAAUGAGUUCCGAGGCGAGGCUGUACACCUUCUCGCAAGAGUCGAAAGACCAGCUGCGAAAGUUCCGCCUGACUACAUCCCGAGCGAGCGGCCCACAGGCCGUCAUCUACUUCAUCGACAAGAAGACGUUCGAAAUCAGGCAAGAUGACGACAAGGUUGUCUACAAGAGCCUCGACGAGAUCGCCGAAGACCUGCCCGACAACUCGCCGCGGUAUAUUCUGCUGAGCUACCCCUUGACACUUCCUUCCGGUCGUCUAUCCGUACCCUACGUCAUGCUUUAUUACCUCCCCAAUACAUGCAAUGCCGAAGCACGCAUGAUGUACGCCGGCGCCAAGGAGCUCAUGCGUAAUACGAGCGAGGUUGGCAAGGUCAUUGAUAUUGACAGCGCAGAGGACCUCGAGGAGAUUCCGGCCAAGCUGGGAGCGGACCAGUCGUGAGAUAUAUACUCCAGAUGGAGGAAAUGAACCCGUGAGUGUGUCAUGUAUCGAGGAUUGACACUGGCCUAGGCGAGAAUCGUAGGAUUCUGCGAUCGCAGGGUGACCUGAGGCAAGCCACGUCGAAUAGACUGGCAACACGCCUGGGUAGCUGACGCGCUCCCAGCAACAUAACGUGACACGAUAUAAUGAGAGUGUCGUCUCUAUAGUCAUUAUAUAUAUGCCUCUGACUGUCGAAAUGCUCAAUGGAAUGCGUGAUGAGGCUCUUUCUGAUAUACGUAAUGAUGGUUUUCAUUCUUCAGGGAGGACGCGCGAACUGUCCAGACCCAUCUGCUCAGCCAGGCCCGUGACGACCUUCUUCAGAGCCUUGCAAGCCGGGCUCUCCGGGUAAUGAGAGAAGAAGCUUUCGCCAUAGUCACACGCCAUGCCGAUGCGCGGAUCCAGCGGCACUUCACCGA